GUGUCAGGUAAAAGAGGCGGGGUGAACAGCAGGAGCACCAAGCGUAGAUCUGCAAGAAUGUGAAAUCUCAGCCAGCGUGUAAAUCUGCUUCGAGAGGUUGAUCUGGAGUCUGGGGGAUCCAUUUGCAGUCCACGAUGUUUCGUAAAGCUCUUCAGCUGUGUUGUGUUUUUAUCGCACUGGCCUCUGUAAACACACAGGAUGGACAACCUAAGGAACAGUCUAGCAGACGUUUACAACCAUGGCUUACUGGGAUCAUUGCAGUAGCUGUAUUUCUCUGCGUAUGUUUCAUUGGAUUUAUCGUGAAUAAAAUCUGGUGCACAAAUUCGGAGGAGAGUAAUCAACCAGAAUCACCAGCAACAGAAGCUGACUACAUAAAUAUUAAUGGAAAACAGAUCUCUGAGACCCUGACUUUAAAAGACGCUGUGAGAUCCAGUGAACAUUCCAAUGCCUAUGAAAAUGUGUUUGAGGUCUGCAACGAUGAAUCACCAAAGAUAGUUAUAACUGCAAUGUAGCACUGUUAAGAAGAAGGUGAUGAUGUUUUUCAGAAGGUCUAUUUACCGUAUUAGAUUAUUUUCGUAGGAUUUGUUGGACAUGGAGGACUUUUUCAUGUUUAUUUUUGAAUAUAAAGAUAGAAUAGGACAUAAUGUGAAGAAAUUCUAAUAAGGUGGAUAUUUUAGUACAGCUUGAACCACAUUUUACGAUGAAUCUGUGUUACACAUAUAUGAAUGAUUGCAUUUGAUUUUUUGAAUAUAUUAUUAUAAGGAAACUUCGAACUUUUUCUUUCCCUGAUCUGAGAUGUACAACCAAGUGCCCCUCUAUCCACCACUUGCAACUGGUUGUUCAGAAACAUGAGAGAGCAGCCUGGGAUUGUUUAAUUUUUUAAUUUUUAUCAAAAAUCUCCUUCACUACACUCAUUGUAUCCUCUCAACAUGGUGAUUCCAGAACUGAACUGUGGGGAAGCCAUUGGUUCAAGCUUGUCAACCUGGAGUUCUGAUCAGGCUGCAAGCUCUUUAUAUUUACCAGAAGUGUUCUGAAGCCAGCCACUAGAGAGUGAAUGGUCACUGCCGAAAGCGAUUUCAUCUUUCCCAUUUUUUUUGACAUUAGAAACCUGCUAUGCAAUAUUUUAAGACAGAAAUUUAGACUCACGUCCAUGACAAAGAUUGAGUUUGAUUUGCAACUAGUGCCUCAUCAUUAAUUUGUGGUCCAGUUCUUCUCUUUUGCUAUGAAGAAAAGGUUCGGUAGUUAAUGUACAACGUAAAAGAUUAUGGUGUAUUAAAUUUUAUUUUGACAGUAUGAAAAA